GUAUGAGUCGAUUUGCCACCUGUGAUCAGUGUUUCAUAUAUAAAUAUAACUCUUUUAUAUUUAUACGCGCAUUUUUAUAAUAUAUAUUUUAUAAAGAUCUCUGAAGAUAUUGAAGAUUAUCACUAUCAAUUAUGAAUGACAAUAUUAUAAUGAACAAUAAUAUGUCAACUGGUACGGGACCUAAGAAGAAGAACAAAACUAUAAAACAAGUUGUUCCAUGCACUGAACGUAAAGCGUCUGGAUCUAAUUGGGAGACGUACAAGAAUUUGUUUGCUAAACCAAACAUAGAAGAGGGUCAUACUCUACAAAAUAGGUAUCCAAAACCUAAAAAACGACAUGUUGCUUCGUUACAUAAGAAUCGAACAGAAGAGAACACUGAAACAUACAAUGAUAUCAAGAAUAAAGAGAAUAAGACUUUGACGAAACAUAUUGCUAUGGAUUGCGAGAUGGUUGGAAUUGGUGAUGGCACGGAGAGCAUGCUAGCUCGAAUAUCAAUUGUAAAUAAGCAUGGUUUUUGCUUAUAUGAUAAAUAUGUUAAGCCAAGAGAGAAAGUUGUAGAUUACAGAACAGCAGUAAGUGGAAUUCGACCAGAACAUUUGCAAGAUGCAGAAGACUUUAGCACUGUACAGAAGGAAGUAGCAGAUAUGUUAAAGGGUCGAAUUCUCGUGGGCCAUGCAUUGAAGCAUGAUCUUAACGUAUUGUUCUUGUCGCAUCCGCGAAGAUAUUGGCGAGACACCUCGAAAUAUAAACCUUUUCGUCAAAUAUCAAAGGGAAAUACUCCCAGCUUGAAAAAACUUGCACAUGAAUUGUUAGGUAGAGAGAUACAGGUGGGCGAACACAGUUCUGUGGAAGACGCGAGAGCGGCAAUGCAGUUAUAUAUGUUGUACAAGAAUAAAUGGGAAUCGGAAAAAAAGGGGCGAUGGUGAGCAAUCUUUUAUAUUCAUAAAAAGAACUUCCAUUUCGAAACACAUUUUUAUUUAACAAUGAAACAAUUAUGUACCAAACCUGAAAGCGACAUGAUGGAACUUAGAUUCAUUUAUUCAAUUAAUUAUUGUCGAUCCAUGAAGAUUUUACGAAAUAUCUUUAUAAGUUAAGUACACUUUUGUAAUGUAUAUAUUUAUAAUCUGUAUAAUAAAAUGAAUCGUAUUUUAUAUAAUAAAA